UCUCACGCUACAGAAAUGCCUCGUAAUAAGCCCAAGAUGGUUUGUACUUAUGUGGACCGGGCGGUCUCCGGAGCAUUCGGCAAAACCGGGAGUUUCGUCGGCAGACAUCCUUGGUAUUUCGUUUUGCUUCCUCUGGGAUUAUCCGUUCUACUGGCCACGGGUUUCCUCCGAAUCAACGUGGUAAUCGGUAUCGAACAUCUGUACGCUCCCGUCGACGGAAGAACCCUGGACGAUAAACUGCUGGCCACCGAGCUUUUCCCCAUGAACGUCUCUUCUAAUUUCGAUUUGGGCCGAAUGACGAGGACGGCGAAAUUCCUCAUCGUGUUGAUCACCGCAAAAAAUGGCGGCAACGUCCUGACGAAACCCGUAAUGGAGGAAUGCGUCCUGUUGGAUAAGGCUAUUCGAGCUCUGUCCGUACCAGCGGAUGGAAAAAACUUGACUUACGUAGACGUCUGCUCUACGAAGAGAGGGAGAUGCGUUAAAAACGACCCCGGAAUAUUGGCCGAAAGCAUAGACGAGGUGCUUCGAGGAAAAAAGAAGAUCAAAUACCCACUUUACAUCGACGAAAGAACUUACAGUUUCGUUUUUUAUGGCACCAUAUUGGGAGGCGUCGAAUUAGAUUUCGAAGACAACGUAAAAUCGGCCGAAGCCUUUCGUUUCCUAUAUUAUUUAGACGACGGCGACGGCGAAAGAAAUAGACUGUCGACGUUGUGGGAUGCGAAAGCGGUCGAAUAUUUGGAAACUCAUUCGGGCGAAAAUAUCGACGUCAAGUGGUUUUCCAGAUGGUCUUACAGCAGAGAACUGAAGAAAGUCACCAGAUCGACCGCUAAGCUGCUGGUCGUCGUCUUGGUGUUGGUCGUCGUUUUCAACUUUUUCCUAUUUAUGAACAAGAGAUGGACUCGAAGCAAACCGUGGUUAAGUGUGGCCGCCGUCUUCUGCGUGUUGUUGUCUAUCGCCGCGGCCUGGGGACUGUGCGUUUAUUGCGGAGUGGAAUUCACCAGUGUGGUCGUCUUCGAUUUUUUCUUGACCAUGGGUCUCGCAACGAAAGACACGGCCGUGUUGAUAUCGGCUUGGAGAAGAACCGAAGCCACCGAAACUGUGGAUAAAAGACUGGGAAAAGCUUAUUCCGAAGUAUUCGUGUCCGUUACUAUGGUGUUUCUGAUUUCUUUAAUUUGCUUUUUAGUAGGAUUGGCGGCUCCGUUUCGGGCCGCGAAAAUAUUUUGUACUUACGCGGCUGUGACCAGCCUCUUUUUCUUCUUGUACGAAAUUACGUUUUUGGGAGGAUGCUUGGCUCUCAGCGGAUACAGAGAGAGGAAGAAACUACAUCCUCUGAUUUGCGUCACCGUCACGUCAAAAAAAUCUAACAGAGAUGGAAGAUGCUCUCUCUUCUGUUGCACGGAAAACGGAGAAUGCGGAACACCCGAAGAAGAUUUCUUUAUUUCCUUUCGUGUAUGGGAGAAAUAUGUAUAUUUCGUACAAAAACCCCUGAGUAAAAUUGUAGUUUUUCUCUUGUACGCUGCCUAUUUGGGUGUCGCUAUCUGGCAGUGCACGAAAUUACGAGUGGCGUCGGGAAUCACCGAUCCCUUUCCUUCGGAUUCUUACAUUACGACUUACUACGAACGUCAUUAUAAAUAUUACACCGCUUAUCCUCACAGAGUGCAAGUAAUAAUAGACACUCCGUUGAACUAUUCGGAUCCCGUAACUCAGAAUAAAAUAGAAGAAGUUAUGCAAAGCUUUGAAAAUUCUACUUACGCCACGGGCGCCGUGUCGUCCUGUUGGCUGAAGAUCUUCUUAAGUAUAGUCAAUAAUCCCAAGAAAAAUUGGUUGUUCAGAAGUUACGAUUUUUCUCUGGAGGAAGAAUUUAUCUUUGUACUAAAAAACGUGUUUUUCAAAUUGCCCAUGACUGCGGAUAUUGCUACCGAUGUCGUUUUUAACGAAGAGGAGACUCAAAUUUUGGCAAGUAGAUGUUUUUUUCAGACCCGUAAUAUUAACGAUGCGGAAACCGAAAAAAUGAUGUUGGAAGACUUUUAUAGGAUCGCCGACGACUCUCCCAUACCCGUUCGAUUUACCAGCAUGCUAUUUCGCAUGUACGAACUGGCAACUAUCAUACGACAACUAGUCUUAUGGAUGCUACCUAUAAGUUUCUGUGUCGUUUUAAUAGUGUUUUCCCUCUUCAUUCCUAACAUUCCUUGCAUAUUAUUGGGUUCUCUUUCCGUCACGUCCAUUCAGAUAGGCGUUUUAGGUUUCUCCAACCUUUGGGGAGUUAAAAUCAAUUCCUUCUAUUCCAUAAUAUUUGUCAUGUUAGUGGGAUUGUUAUCUAGUUAUCUCUGCCAUUUAUCUUACGCCUUUUCUGCCUCGGACGAAGACACUAAAGGAAAGAUGAUGUUCGCUUUAAAAUCUCGAGCGGCGGCCAUUAUCCAGAACACUCUCCUCCUGAUAAUCUCACCCGCGUUUUUAAUGAUAGCCACUAAUCAGGUGUCCAUAAUAUUUUACAAAAUGUUCUUUUUGGCAGUGGUUUUCGCUUAUGUUCAUGUUUUGAUAGUUCUUCCCACUCUUUAUUCCCUGAUUUUUGGAUUUCGUGGGAAUCAAAAUAGAUCUUCGCCGAAUCUCUAUCGGAUGGACAAGGUAGCAGCCAGCGAUCCUCUUAAAACAUGAAAUAAUUGAAUAACUGUUUAAUUAAUGCGCUUCACAAUUUGGCUUUUAUACUGUAUUUCUGAAUCUUGGAGUAUUUGGACGUUAGAUUUAUAUAUAAAAGCCAAAUGAAAUACGAAGCCCGUUUGAAAUAUCGCGAUGUUAAUUAUUCGUUAUUUUCACGCAACUUCAUUUUUAUACUGUUUCAGAAACAAUUGAUUUAUUUUUGUAUUUUCAGCUAAAAUUAUUCCAUUUUUCAAAUAAAUGAUACGACUAUUAAGAUUGGUUUAAAAAAUUCUUUGUUUUAAAGAUUAUGAAUGUAGUCAAAUCUCGGGUUUCGAACAUUUUUUACGCCAUAUUUGCCCCGUAUGCGAGUAAGAUACUACACUGUGAGCCGCAAUUAUUAAUUCGAUUUAAUUGACAUUCGUGUUAAAAGUGCUUAACUCAAAUAAAAAUAUAUUAAAUAUUAGCUUAUAGUGGAACCUCGGUUAACAAACUUUUAUUUUGCAAAAAUUCCAUCUCGGAUAAUGAACGUAACGUUUUUUUUUUUGUUUUUUUUUUUGUCAAAUUUUAGUUGCUGCUAGGCGUGCGUGAAGUAAGCAUUGCUUUUCAGAGUGUUUGUGCUAAUCACAGAACUGAAAAAGUUCAUGUAUUUAAUCAAUAUGGCACCCAAGAAAGAAAGUGAUAGUGUAGCAUUAAAGAAAGAAAUUAUUGCAAAAUACUAGAAUGGCAUUCGUGUUAAAGUUUUAGAUGAAGCUGAAAAACUGUUGCUAGUAUGGAUCAAUGAAAAGCAACUUGCUGGAGACAGUGAAACUACAAUUUGUGAAAAGGCAAAAAUUUACACAGUGACUUGUUGACCCAAACAUCCAGUACAAGUGCAGACGGGCAAGACUUUAAAGUGAACAGAGGGUGGUUUGAUAAGUUUCGUGGACGAACUGGCAUUCACAGUGUCAUAAGGCAUGGGGAGGCUUCAAGUUCAGAUGGAAAAGCAGCAAAAGCAUUUGUGGACAAAUUUGCAGAGUUUGUAAAAUCUGAAGGAUACGUCUCAAAUCAAGUGUUUAAUUGCGACGAGACUGGUCUUUUUUGGAAAAAAAUACCUAGACUAACAAACAACACAAGAAGAGAAAGCACCACCAGGACAAGCCCAUGAAGGACAGGCUCACCUUUUUAUUUUGCACUAAUGCAAGUGGUGACCUCAAAAUCAAUCACUUUUAGUGUACAAUGCCGAAAAUCCCUACGCCUUUAAGAGCAAUAAUGUUAUGAAGUCCAAACUGCCUGUCCAAUGGAAGGCAAAUUGCAAGGCAUGGGUAACUUGAACUUUAUUUAUGGAUUUGCUCAGAGAAGUAUUUGCUCCAAUUGUCAAAAACUAUCUUCAGCAAAUGGAUCUUCUCUUAAUGGAUAAUGCCCCAGCAAUCCACCAAAUUUGGAGGAAGAUCUGAAUAGUGAACACGACAUCAUCAAAGUCAAAUUCCUUCCUCCAUUACUGCAAUCAAUGGAUCAGCAAGUGAUUUCCAAUUUUAAAAAGCUGUAUACCAAGGCACUGGUAACCUGGAAACACCUGGCGAACAAUGAUACGGGCUUAACCGUUAGAACUUUUUAGAAGGUGCAUUUUAACAUCCUGCAUUGUAUGAACCUUAUUGACAAAGCCUGGAGUGAGAUCUCGCCGCACUUGGAUUCAAAUUCCUCAAAGUUUCGCUCUGGGACACAAGUUGGCCAGUUUCCUCCAGGCCGACUGCACAGAGCUCUCCCGGUGUAGUUCAUUGGCAAGAGUUUGGGAUUAGAUGAUACAGACUUGGAGUUGAUAAAGGACCAUCAAAACGAACUAUCCACAGAAGAGCUAGUUGUCUUGCAGGAAGAACAGGCGAAAGAGAGAUACAAGAGCAGCUCUUAGGGAAGAAAUCACUGGUGCCGAGAUCAAGGAAAUUUGCAGGAAAUGGAAUGAUGUGCAGGAAUUUAUUAGCCAAAACUUUGUUAGGGUGGUGGUUCUCGAUAGGGUCAUUAAUUUAAUGAACGACAAUGCGAUAUCGCAUUUUAGAACUUUUUAUUAAAAGAGUAAGACAAUCAACUUUAUACAACUUUCGUGUUCCUUAUCAAGAGAGACCUCGACUCGAAGAAUCUCCCGAUGCAAUGUUACCCGAUAUUUUUACCCUUUCAAGAAUUAAACUUCGUACAGUACAUCUCCACUCCUAUGCCACCAAUUUGCUGCUGUAACGAUAGAUACUACGUUUUCCUAUAUUUUCAAAGAAAACCCAUUUUACAAAUAAAAUUUAAGAGGCUAGAACGGA